CGCGGGGGGCGGGCGCGGUGGGAGUGUCCCCGGCGGCACCCGGAAGGAGCGCAGGGAGCCGUGCACAGUCGGGGCCGCGGCGGCGGCAGAGGAGGCGGAGGGGGCGCUGGUGACCCAAGACAGCUGGAACAAGAAACCCCAAGACCACACUGCAGGUGCUGACAGCUGAGAGCUGCCUUCUCUGUCUGCUUCAGCUCUACACCAAGGCUGCAGGCAUGUGGUACAGCUGCUGCAUCGCCCAGACAGGGACCCCUCCUCACCUACCAUCCUGCACUGUUGCCACCAGGCUGAGACCAUGGCCUGUUAAUCCUGGGUUUCCCCUGGAUGUGCUAAUAGGAAUGGAACCAGCAGGCAUCAAAGCUGCAGUGCUGGUGGAUUAUGACCGCAGGGGAGCUGUGUUGCAUCUGCAAAUCUCAGCUGUGCAUCAAGGGCACAUCUGAGCAGAGCCCCUGUGGACACUGAGGAGCUGGAGAGGACGUUGCAGAGGCUCAGAGGCACACCGUGAUGGUGGGAGCCAUUCCACGGCAGCCACGGCGCUUCUGGGGGGUGCCUGACUGGCAGGUGUCUUCAGCUGGUUGUGCCAACGACCGCCUGCUGCAGGACAGGGAAGUUAAUCCGGAGAUAAGAGGGGUUCUGCUGCAGAGGGAUGCUGUGCUGCAGACCACCCCAUAGUGGAGAGCUCAGACAGAGACACUGAGCGAAGGGGUUCCAGCUUCCACCCCCCACCCUUGGACCCUGACCUUGACCUGUGGCACUUUACUGUCCCACUCCUGCUGCUGCAUGGGCUGUUCUGACUCUGGCUCCACUCGGAGUCCAGGCAAGUGAGGCUCCAUGCGGCACAUCCACACAGAGACGUCCCUGCCCCCGGAGCGCAGUGCAGACCCUGGCCUGUCCCGGCCCAGUGGAGAAACACCCUUGGAGCCCUCCUCGCAGCGCUGCACCCACCGCAGCAUCCUCAUGGGCUACAACGAGACAGAGAUCAAGCGCCAGAAGGUUUACCAGGUCUCCAUCUUCUCCCACCUCUCCAGCUCCUCUGAGAGCACGGAGCAGCGGGCAGGCAGCCAGCCUGCUGUCAAAAGGGGAUACCCUGAGCAGCGAACUCUGGAGGCAGGGCGAGAUCCCAAACGAACUCACUGGGGUGACAGGGGGGUGGACAGCAAGCGUGAUGGGGGCCUUGGGCAGCCUUCCCUGGAUGAUGAUGAUUCCUUCGAGGAUGGUCUGCUGGUGGAGGAGUUAUCCCUAUGUGGCUCUGCCCAGCACUUCUCCCACAGCGGGCUGCGUGUGGUGGAACACCGCUGCGAGGGCAGCCCCAGCCACAGCCCCAAAGCCAGCAGAGAGGACAAGUCACAGUAUGUCUCCUCGUCCUCCUACUCCUCCUGGCCCCAGCACAUUGCUUGCAGUACUUUGCACAUGAGAGAUAGUUGCUCUGUCUCAUCGGGGGAUCAUCCCACAGACUAUGGAGAAAAUGGGGAGCCAGCAAGUGGCGACAAUGUACUUCACCUUGAAUUGCACAGUAUUGCACAAACAACACAGUUGGACUCUGGUGGGAAGAGAGAGAAGCCAGGGAGCAGCCCAGCUCACAGCAGCAGGGCUGGUGGAGAAGAUGAAGGGUCAGUGGUGGGCAACGGGUGCAAGGAGCCCCCAGCUCUGCAGACAGCGCUCAGCCCCGAGCCCAGCAACCUGAGCCCCCAGGAGACCACACCCUGUGGGAGCAGCCACUUCAGCAGCAGCAGCAGCUGCCCAGCCAAAAGGAAGUUGCUGCCUGCUGGUGAGGUCGUGGCUGAUUCCUGCUCUGAGGAUGAGAGCCUGUCCUCACCGGCAAGGAAGAAGAGGGUCCUGCCGUGCCACCCCGUGCCCACAGCGUGCCGCAGCACUGAUGCCAAGGGGGCCCCUUUCUGGAAUCACCUGCUUCCUGUGGCCAAGAGUUCUACAGACUGCACUGCAGUCGGGAGGAGGCUGAAGAGCGGGCUGCGCCUCAAAUCGCGACAUCUCCGGAGCAGCCUCCGGAGGGGCACCAGGUCUCCCACAGCACCCUGGGCCACCACCACUGUCAGCCAUGCUCUGCUGGGCAACUUUGAGGAGUCCAUCCUGAAAGGGCGCUUUGCCCCGUCGGGGAGGAUUGAGGGUUUCACGGCCGAGAUUGGUGCCAGUGGCUCCUACUGUCCCCAGCACGUCACCCUGCCUGUCGACGUCACCUACUUUGACAUCUCCGAACACAGCGUGCCCUCGCCUUUCCUGGGAGUGAUUGACUUGGAGGCCUUGGGAAAGAAGGGUUACAGUGUCCCCAAAGCUGGAACCAUCCAAGUGACCUUAUUUAACCCCAACAAGACUGUGGUGAAGAUGUUCUUGGUGACGUACGACUUCCAGGACAUGCCAGCCAACCACAUGACCUUCCUACGCCAUCGCAUCUUCCUGGUGCCCGUGGGGGAGGAAGAGGGGGCCACCAUGGCCUCCAGCGACCCACUGGGCACCAGUCCACCCCGCAGGGUCCUCUGCUACCUGAUGCAUCUGAGGUUUCACAGCUCCAAGUCGGGGAAGAUCUACCUUCACGACGACAUUCGGCUGCUUUUCUCCCGCAAGUCGAUCGAGGUGGAUUCGGGGAUCCCCUAUGAACUGAAAUCUUUCACAGAGAUGCCCAGGAACCCCUGCUACUCACCUCGGGCCUGACCUUCCUCACCCCCCAGGGCUGCUGGGGAGCCUCCAGCCCAGCACUCUGGGGAGAGAUGAGUAACAGGCCAGCAAGCAAACACUGCUUUGAGACAUUGCCCAUCUUCCUGACCAGCACGGACACCACACCCUGCAGCAGGGCUGGGAUCACCCAGGGGGCUUUACCCAGAGGGGUAGGGGCUGGGGAGCAGCCCUGGCACUGCAGGGACAUGCCCAAGCCUCCUGCUGGUGCUGCUCCCAGCUUGGAGACUUGUCUGUUGCUGAGGUGGAUGGGAAGUGAAGAGUUGGGCCUGGGCUCUGGGUAAGACUUACACUGGGCCUGGGACUGGGAGCAGAAAGUGUGGAAGAGUUUGUAUUUAUUAGUAUUUAUUGUUGCUGGGAGCGCAGAGGAGGCUCAUGCAUAGGACCUGAGGUGCUGUGCUUGUUCUUCCCCCUCACCCUACCAGCACAGGGCUGCCCCUGUUUGGGCAGGGCUGUGGGGACUGGGAGGGUGACUGGGGAAGGGAGAGUGAUCCACCUCUUGGCCAGGGUGGAGUUCCCAGGUCAAGGCUGUGUUAAAAGACUGGGAGAGACUGGGCCUUGCUUGGCACCAGCUGUGUGGGGCCAGCCCCACUCCAAGCAAUCCUCUGACUCCUUUAGGGCAAGGCAGACCCCAUGCGGUCUGUGGCAGUCAGGGAAGUGGCCAUUGCCCUGGUUCCUAAGGUUCAGAGACACGGCUGUCACGUGGAUGGGGAUCUGGGGCUCUUUGCAGAAGCAUUGGGGAUAGCCCUCUCUGGGCGAGAGCCUCCAGAGCACGUGCGCCGCGGAUCUGAGAAGAUUGCCAAAAAAAAGGAGCUUUGCACCAUCUGCAGGUGUGGGGCGAAUCCCAUCCAGGAGGCAGUUUUGGAUGGGGGUGUGCCAGCAGCACCAUGAGGGUCUGGAGGACUGAGAAGCAGCUCAGUCCUCGGGAAGAGGGGAAGCAGCAGGGACAUCAAAC